UCCGUUACAGGGCGUGAACAAAAAAAGAGGCAUUUCUUUUCCCAGCGUGCGCGCGCUCUAGUCGUGCUUUAACCAACAGUUUAAUCCCCUCAAAUGGUUAUGGCAAACAUGGAGACGUUUAAUAAGUUUUUGUCAGAACAUCCGGAAUUAAUGUAUGGCGGAGUUGGAGCUACGGCAUUUAUCGUAGGAGGUGCUUUGAUAUACAAAAUUGCCACAAGGAAGAAGCCCACCUAUGCAAAUGUAAACUGCUGGUUCUGCAACCAAAACACAGUGGUGCCUUAUGGAAACAGGAACUGCUGGGAUUGUCCCAAUUGUGACCAGUAUAAUGGAUUUCAGGAGAAUGGGGACUACAACAAGCCUAUUCCGGCUCAGUACACGGAACAUCUGAAUCAUGGUGUGUCUGGAACUCAACCUUUAUCUGAGACACCCAGAAGUCUGCAUUGGGUCAAUUGUCAGAUGCUGCUAUGCAGGAAGUGUAAUAAUAACCAGUCUGCAAAGAUAAAGCAGUUGGCCUCAUAUACACCAAGGGAUGAUAAAUACUACGAUGAGGAAAUUGAGGUCUUCAAGCACCACCUUGAGCAGACGUAUAAAUUAUGCAGGCCAUGUAAGACAGCUGUGGAGUACUACAUUAAAUAUCAAAACCGUCAGCUUCGGACAGCUCUCCUAAACCACCAGCUUCGACGCACACGUGAAUCGGAGGGAGGCUUUAUUAAGAACUCGCCUUUUCUCUCGUCGUUCACCGGAGUCAUACUCUUACGGGUCUUUGCCUUCCUGAUUUGUGCAGUCCUGCUCGCUACAACAUUCUGGGACUUGCCAGACCCUGUCUCGUCCAGUGAGACCCCAACCUUAAGCGGCGGCGUUGUACCCCCAAAACCCAAACCUCACAACGAAUCUACGACCAACGGCAGUGCCAAUGGAGAGAUGCCCAUGUGGCAAAGCGUUCUAGAGCUGCUGCCACGCGAGGCUAUUGAAAAUGCCAAACUAGCGUGUCAAUAUGGAGCGGAAAACCAACUGGCAAUAGUCUCUGUCGGCCUACUGACGUGUCUCACAGCCGUCUUCCUUGCUGGACCUACUAGGCUAAGGAGAAUUGAUGCCCUGGCCUCUGUCAUGUGGUUUGCUGUCCUGUGCCUGUACCUGCUGGAGCGCUACUUUUCAAAUGCCCUGAGCUGGAUGGACAAAGCAAAGCUCGUCACCACGUCACUCUGCUGCCUUAUCAGCUUUGCUGCCGCCGCUGCGACUCGCAGACCGCUGGGUCCACGACGAGGCAGAUAUCGAAGAUUCCUUGCAGGCCGCGCUGCAGCUCAGCCGUUUUGCAGCCAGCCCGUUUUUUACACUCCUGACCCGACAGACUCCUUCAUCCCAACCCCCCCUCCUAACCUCUUCAAGCUCACCAGCCACCAUCAGGGCUCUCAUGGCCGCAAAGCCUCGCCGUCCUCUCUGCCUGGGCGCCUCAACAGAGCCCUUUGUCUGGGAACUAUCCCGUCCCUCAGCAGGACAGAUUCUGGAUACCUGUUUAGCGGCAGCAGACCAGCCUCACUACAUAAAGACUCAUUGUCUUCAGAUUAUUUUUCACUCAAAUCUGGGAGCCGGCCGUCUUCACCCGGCCCAUCUCCAACUCCCUCCGUCGCUGGGUCAGUUACAUCCAGCUCAGGCUCUGCGCAGCAGCGCCGGCCCCUCAUCAGCCCAGCUCGUCUCAACAUCAACGGGCAGAGGCUUCGCCUUUUUUCCUCAGAGCCUCAGCUCCCAACGCCUCCUCUGUCUCCGUUUCCUCUGCACGUGGAGCCAGCGUCCUCAGUCUACAGCGGCUGUUUUUCUCACGACGCUUUUCCUCUUCACUGUCAAAAUGAUCUGAGUUCCUUCAUAAGAGACGGCAGCGUAAUUGAAGAGGAGAAAAGAAGCUGUUCCUCAGAAUCCUCUGCAUGUCAAGUUGGAACCACAACACUAAGUCCUGAGGACAUCCCUCCAGCCAAAGGUUUUCUGAAGCGAUUCAUCUGGCCUGGAGUUUUGUUUGCAAGUUUGUCCUCCAACCUGUUGUUUGCUGGUUUCUAUAUGUAUCACAACUGGAGGUGAAGCAUCAGGGGGGGGGCUGCUGCUCUGGUGGUGCCGAGCCUCUGGACUGUUGGAUGUUCCCCUCAACCCCUUAAGCUGUCAGAAAGCAUCCUCCUCCAGCUCACUGUUAAUGGUGCUUAAUAAAAAUAGAAAUGUCGUCUAAUAGGUUUUCAGUGACGAAGGGGUUAAGAUAUGUUUGAGAUUGUGAGUUUCCGUCUUAAGUGUGUGGUUUCUUAUCUUUAUUAUCUUUUAGUUCCUUCAGACACAUGAAUGCAGUUCGAGCAUAUUUGUAAAGCUCAUUCGCUGCUCUGAAUGAUGGCGUUUUAAACACCCAUGAUGUGAAAUGUGCAAUAACCCUAUGGCGUUCAGAAGAUGCUGCUUCAGACAUCUGAUGGAAGUAGUAUGUUUCUUUGUUCGUAUUCAUUUGCCCCCAAAAAAAAGAAAACAGUCAUGGUUCUUUUUGGGUUAGCAUUCCCAGUUGUAUGUCAUUUUUGAACCUUCACUACUGAAAAACUGAAAGGACUGUUUGCUUUCUUAAUAAGUAUGUACUGGUUUUUGUGUUCUCAGCUGAAAAAAGUAAUUAUGCAAAGUAUUACGGCAGUAUUGGAAGAACCCACAGUUUUCAAGCUCGUGGGCUUGUGUUGUUUACAAAACUUCAUUUAUCGCCAUAGUCUGAGUGAUGAUGUUUGCACAGUGUUUCUGAAGUUAUGUUGGGUUUUAAAUGUAUGAAAUGACAAUAUUUAAUCCUAGGAGCACAAAGAUUUCUUUGAUUGUGUUUGCAGAACCUAAAAAAUAUACAAAAAUAUCUGCUGUCUUUGGUUUUUAGGUAUUUUUAUUUGUCAGAUUUUUGAGUGAAAAUUCUUUCGAAUGGUCGCGUGUUUUUCUUUUAUUUAUGCUUUUCCUUGGGGAAUUACUGGGUGUGGGUUUUAAUUUAAUUUUCUGCAGUGCUAGUUUUGUACUUUUUGACAUUUAUUAUUGUAAUGAGUUGGAAAUAAUAAGGUGGAACUUGUAUAAAAUGUGCAUAUAUUUGAAAAAAGAACUCCCACGGGAUGUUUUGUAUUUUGUUGUAGCCUGUUUGAUGUUAUUCCUUCCUCAGGAAAAUCUCAUAUUUGCUCAAAUGUGAAUUUUCUCUUGGCUCAAUAAAAUGUUCUGAAAAAGAGAA